AUGGCGCCUUUAAAACAGUUGAACUUCAUCACGGGCAACAAAAACAAGUUGGCUGAAGUCAGGGCUAUCCUAGGCAGUGUAAUUCAUGUCGAUAGCCAAGCGAUUGAAGUGCCCGAAAUCCAGGGCACAAUCGAGGAAAUCGCCAAGGACAAAUGUAGACGUGCUGCAGAAGCGAUUAAAGGUCCGGUUUUGACGGAAGACACGGCUCUGGAGUUCCAUGCGCUGAAGGGUCUACCUGGCCCAUACAUCAAAUCGUUUCUUGACGCCCUGGGCCACGAAGGGUUGAACCGAAUGCUUGACUCAUUCGAUAUGAAAACAGCGGAGGCCGUCUGUACCUUUGCGUUCUCUGAAGGCCCUGGGUCGGAACCUAUCUUAUUUCAAGGCAGAACCGAGGGAGCUAUUGUCCGCCCAAGAGGUCCCGCCAACUUCGGUUGGGAUCCGAUCUUCGAAUACCAAGGCAAAACGUAUGCCGAGAUGGAUAAGGACGAAAAGAAUCGGAUCUCCCACAGAUACAAAGCCCUGGUCAAACUGCAAGCCUGGUUAACUCGUGAACAAUCCUGA